GUCAGAAAGAAAGAAUAAAAAAACCAGCUGAGAAUUGGCGAAAUCUGUGCUUUCCAGAAGAAAGAGAGAGAUAGAAAGAGAAAGAGAGGGAUUGAAGGAACGAACGAACGAACGAACGAACUAACAAAUACAGCUCUCCUCUUCGGUUCCUCUCAGUUAACGCUAUAUUCGCUGUAUCCAGUCUUGUUUCUGUACAGGUUUUGCUAGCUGGAUAACCUUGCUUCCCAAGAUUCUUUAUAUGGAUUUGAUCUCUCAUUGGUGUGAAUGCAAUGGUUUCUGUCUAUGGUGCUUGAAAGCAUAAUCUUCAUUUUCAUGGAUUGAUAUGACUUCCUAAGGAUCAGUGGUGUGAGAAAGAUUAUUUUGGAUUUGAAAUUACUAGUUUGUGGUGAGAAAGGUGUGAUGGAGAUAUCACUGUUAAAAGUCUUUCUUAAUAACAUCUCCUCAUUUUUCCGUUUAUCAUCUUGUGACAAUUUAAACUCUGAGCCAGUUCUGAAGUAUUACCAAAAGGCUGAAGAGAUAUUGAAGUUGUUGAAGCCGGUACUUGAUGUGAUUGUUGAUUCUGAAAUAGCUUCUGAUGAAGUGCUCAUCAAGGCAUUUGAAGAACUAAGUCGAUCUGUUGAAGAAUCGAGAGAGCUUUUUGAGAACUGGCAAUCAUUAUCAAGCAAAGUUUAUUUUAUUCUGCAAAUUGAACCGUUGAUAUCAAAGAUUCGGACUUCUGGUCUCGACAUUUUCCAGCUUCUGAAGGCUUCACUUGAACAUCUCCCUGAUGAAUUGAGUUCAGCAUCUCUUGAGCACUGUAUUCAGAAAAUUAAGCACAAGGGAUAUGAACAAACAUCAUCUGUCAUUAAAGAAGCUAUAAGAGAUCAAGCGGAGGGUGUUGGACCUAGCUCAGAGAUCCUGGUGAAAAUUGCCGAGAGCCUGAGCUUGAGGUCAAACCAGGAGAUUCUCAUUGAGGCUGUAGCCCUUGAAAAAUUGAAGGAAAAUGCUGAACAAGCCGAAAAGACAGGGGAAGCUGAAUAUAUUGAUCAGAUUAUCAGUGUUGUUACUCGCAUGCAUGAUCGCCUUAUUAUGAUAAAGCAAUCCCAGAGCUGUAGCCCGGUACAGAUACCUGCUGAUUUCUGCUGUCCUCUCUCCCUUGAGCUGAUGACCGAUCCUGUCAUUGUGUCUUCAGGGCAAACCUAUGAGCGGGCUUUCAUAAAAAAAUGGAUUGAUCUUGGUCUCACAGUCUGUCCUAAGACGCGGCAGACUCUUGCUCACCCCAAUCUAAUACCUAAUUACACUGUAAAGGCACUAAUUGCAAACUGGUGCGAGUCAAACAAUGUGAAGCUGCCUGAUCCCCUGAAAUCUAUGAGCUUAAACUCACCAUUGUCCCUUCUCGGGAACACAGAGUCUGGUGCAACCAGGGAGUCACCUGUCUUUCCUCAUUCCAGGGGCAACCAACCAAUAUCACUUGAGUCAAGUCCAUCUAUGGAUUCUCCCAGUAAAAACUUGAUCUCGUCCGGUGGAGGCCAUCGAGAGGGAACUUCUCCUUUGCAUCCUCGAUCUUCAUCAGAGGGUUCCUUCACUGGUGUAGUCGGGAAUGGGCAGGAUAUGGAAAUUGCAAGAAUAUCACUUACAAGUUCUGAAGACAGGUCUGCUAACUCAGACGAAAGGACUAUGGAUUCAGUUUGCCAACCCACUACUUCGUUAUCUGGAGAACAAUUUUCUAAUUCUAUUGGGACUGAGCAGUCAUCUCAGAGCCAUAAUAGAACUGCCUCUGCCUCCAGCGUGCUUUCUGGUGCAAAUUUUUCUCAAAGAACAUCAGGAGAUGUGGAUGAGGCUUCACAUAUAUCUGCCAAUCUCACUGGCUAUAGCAGUGAUGCAUCAGGAGAGAUGAAACCAGAGCCACAAGCUGCCACCUUGACCUUAACACAUAGAGAACCUGAGUUCCCUUCUAGAUUGGAGACCAGGUCUCGAAGCCAAACAAUCUGGCGUCGACCAUCAGAGAGGUUUGGUCCAAGAUUGUUAUCCUCUCCUGUUUCUGAAACAAGAGCUGAUCUUUCUGGCAUUGAAACCCAAGUGCGGAAGCUGGUUGAUGACUUGAAGAGCACUUCGCUUGAUACUCAAAGAGAGGCAACUGCUGGGCUCCGGUUACUUGCCAAGCACAACAUGGAUAAUCGGAUUGUAAUUGCUAGCUGUGGGGCCAUUAGUAUGUUGGUCGACUUGCUGUGCUCAACAGACACCAAGAUUCAGGAAAAUGCAGUUACAGCACUUCUUAACUUAUCAAUCAAUGAUAACAACAAAACUGCGAUUGCUAAUGCUAAUGCAAUUGAACCUCUGAUUUAUGUUCUUGAGAGAGGGAGUCCUGAGGCACGGGAGAACUCAGCUGCCACUCUAUUUAGCCUGUCGGUGAUUGAGGAUAACAAGGUCAGGAUUGGACGGUCUGGCGCAAUCGCUCCUCUGGUUGAUUUAUUAGGGAACGGAACUCCUAGAGGGAAGAAAGAUGCAGCGACAGCUUUGUUUAAUUUGUCAAUAUUUCAUGAAAACAAGGCCCGAAUUGUGCAAGCUGGUGCUGUAAAGUACCUUGUGGAGUUGAUGGAUCCAGCGGCUGGAAUGGUUGACAAGGCAGUAGCUGUUUUGGCAAAUCUUGCAACAAUUCCUGAGGGACGAACUGCGAUUGGUCAGGAGGGCGGGAUCCCUGUCCUGGUAGAGGUUGUUGAGUUGGGUUCUGCUAGAGGGAAGGAGAAUGCAGCUGCUGCUCUUUUACAUCUUUGUACAACUAGUAGUAGAUUUCACAGUAUGGUGCUCCAAGAAGGAGCUGUCCCACCACUGGUGGCAUUGUCACAGUCAGGCACCCCUAGGGCCAAAGAAAAGGCACAAGCGCUUCUUAGCCACUUUAGAAACCACAGACAUGGUAAUGCCGGGAGGGGCUGAUUUUGGAAGCACAGCCUUUGGUUUCGUGCUAAGGUUUUAAGUCAAGUUGUAAGGAUAGUGUGUAAAUCUGACGAUGCAAAUAAUGCAUAUGAAGGUGUUGUUGCUUGGAUUUUACUUGAUUGUAGAGGGAAAGAAACAAAGAAAAAAAAAAAAAGGAUUUAUGAAGGAUUUGAUUGAGUCCUCAUGUGAAGUACAUCAACUUAUGAAUGUGGGAAGAAAAUUUCGUACAUGCGAGAGUCUAUUUUCAGUGACGAUUAAUGGGCAAUGACACACAACUUAUCGGUUUUAUUUAA